CUCUUGAUGGUGUGGCAGUUUGACGGCAGUAUGGCGGCAGUCCCUAGUGGCUUUCGUUGUGCUUUCAUUAGGCUUUUACACUGAUCGUUCUUUUCUUCUUCUUCUUCUCUUGAUGGUGUGGCAGUUUGAUGGCAGUAUGGCGGCAGUCCCUAGUGGCUUUCGUUGUGCUUUCAUUAGGCUUUUACACUGAUCGUUCUUUUUUUCUUCUUUUUCUCUUGAUGGUGUGGCAGUUUGAUGGCAGUAUGGCGGCAGUCCCUAGUGGCUUUCGUUGUGCUUUCAUUAGGCUUUCAGAGGUUGCAAGACCGAGUGUCUGUCACGUCAAUGAAAACCUGGGGCGCAUAUAUGGUUUAAAUUUGAAGAUUGGAUCUCUCUAUGAUCGAAAGAAACGUUUGAAUGGGUACAAGGCAAGACUAUAUCACUCUGAAUAUCAAAGCUCCUAAGAUGAUGAAAGACAUGCCGUGGUCGUUGCCAUUUUCUUUUCAGGAACUACAGACGAUUUGGUAGUGGUGGAGUACAUUAUAUCAGCCUCGUAUGUGUGCCGGUGAACAAAGACGAAAUCCAUGUAUUAUCCAAGCAGUAUCGGCGGUUUAGCACUAUCCUUCGUGCUC